UGUACCUAAAUCAGGAAGCACCGAGACGUUUUUUUCCGUUUUCUUUUUUUUUCUCGUACGGAGACACUUUUGAUUACAACAGCGGCGAACCAUAAAGGGGAAAAAAGGCGUUAUUGUUGAUGUUGCUGACGACCACCGUCGACCACUGCUGAGAGAAGACUGACAGUUGGUUACAUCCAGUACAAGGCUCAGCUGUGGAUGCAUUUGACACAGCCUAACCGGAGAAGGCAGAGGCAAAACAGACCAUCAGCACAAAAUAUUCUAAUGAAUGAAUGAAGGCACAGAAGACUACAACACAUACAGUCUCUGUCAGCAGCAUGGGCCAGCAUCUAGGAAAGAGGGAAUCACCCACAGACAGCAAGGCUUCGUCACCUGAACCCGAAGAAGAGCAGAUAACAGCAGCAGAACCUGAAUCACAAGAUGAAGUGUUUGGCCUGGGUGAGGCAGAUGCGAACCAGAACAAUGGCUGCGUCUCGGAGAAGCCGGUGGUGACUGACUCCACAGGCGCUGAGGGCCCCCACCAACCCUGGGACCCUGCCAGCACAGCUGACCCUGACGCCGCCACACCACGCCCCCACCUGGUCCGCCUCUUCUCCCGAGAUGCCCCGGGCCGAGAGGACAACACCUUCAAAGACCGACCCUCUGAAUCGGACGAGUUGCAGACCAUCCACGAGCACAGCGGAGCGGCUUCAGAGUGCGGGUCGGACAUCCCCGAACAGGACCUAGACUAG